GCGUCAGUAGCAACUUGGCAGCGGCGGAGUGGAGAGUGAAGAUUGUUCAGUGGCGGAGCCUCCUGCGCGGACAGUACACGCAUGUUCAGUGGACUCGAAUGGUGCCCAAAAUGAGGGACUGGGACGUCCAGGAAUGACAGCCGAUGUCACCGAGAGUGACAACUUUCACUCUGAGAGACUCCGCUAAAACUUCUCCAGCUGACAUUCAACACUGAUCCGGAUUGGAUCCAGCCAGACCAGGACUAUGCCAGAGAUGGAGAAAGGCAGACCGCCGGAAAAUAAACGCAGCAGGAAACCAGCGCACCCCGUGAAGAGGGAGAUCAACCAGGAGAUGAAGACAUUUGCAGAAAGCACUAUGAAUGAGCUCCUGGGAUGGUACGGGUAUGACAAGGUGGACCUCAGAGAGUCUGAGGCCAAUGAGAUCAGAAACUACAGAGAGAGGCGUCAGCAUGUGUCUGUGCUAAAAGAAAACUCCUUGCCAAAACUCAAAAGCCUGGACACCAAAGUCAGUCACUCAGUUAUGGCUAUGAAAAGCGGAGAGAGAGAAUCCUUCAGUGUCCCUUCCUCUUCAUCCUCCUCUUCUUCAACAAGUUCAUCCCUGACAACCCCCAAGGAGCACAAGAGUGCCCCUGUCAUUGUCCCCCUCAUAAAGCCUUCAGCAGUGGAAGAUGUGCAGAAUGUGCAGAUAGUGUGUGUUUGGUGUCAGAAGGAAGGUGUAAAACGCUACUCGCUGUGUAUGGGCUCAGAGCUCAAGAGUUUCUGCAGUGAGAAGUGCUUUGCUGCCUGCAGACGGGCCUACUUCAAACGCAACAAGGCCAGAGAUGAAGACCUCCACAGUGAGAGAUCCCCUCAGCACCCUCAUCCAGAGGACUCGCCCAGACUGGUGUUAAAGAUAAACACCAGUGUCAGAUCUCUCUCUCCUGUGCCACAGGUAUGUGAUUGGUGCAAGCAUGUUCGUCAUACUAAGGAAUACCUGGACUUUGGAUCGGGUGAGGAACGGCUUCAGUUCUGCAGCACCAAGUGUUUGAACCAGUACAAGAUGGAUGUUUUUUACAGAGAAGCCCGUGCAGCUCUCACCAGCACCAGUUCCAGCCCAAACAGAACAAGCCAGGAUGGGAGGGUGGACGGCAGUGUUGUCGGGCAAAAACUACUCACUCCUGAGUCUUGGAACAGCAGCAGCAAUACAGGAGAAGCACGUAACAGAAACCUCUCACCCAAAGGGUCUGCGCUAAUUCAUGGAUUGGCAGAAUCUGCAUUAAUCUCCCCCUCAGAUGCUUCUUCCUCUUCCAAACUCCCUGUCUCAGGGCUGCGGACCCUGGAGAGAUCCAUUCAGCCACCUCCACUUCCCCCUUCUGUGGAGGUGUCAUCCCAUUCUUCUCCCCUUCCUCCUCCUCCUCCUUCUCGCCCACCUCUGGAACAAAAGCCAGUAGCUCAGAUCCCUAUACCUUUCAUCAGGCCUCCUCUUCAUGCUCAGGGCCUUAAAAGCCCCCUUGCCAACCCUCCUAGACACCCAGGCCCACCUUCCAGUCCCAUCCAUAGGCCUCCACACUCUCCUCACCUGCAGCCCCCCUCCUCUACUUCCAUGAAUCCACCUGGACUGAUUCAUCCUUACCCAGGAGCCUACUUCCCUAGCUUGCAUUCCCCUCCUCUGAACAUGAUGCCAAGAGGCCCUGUCCCAAUGCCUCCUAUAAUCAAUUUUGGUAUUCCCUCUUUUAGCCCUCUUCUGCCCCAACCCACUGUCUUGGUGCCUUAUCCCAUCAUUGUUCCCCUGCCUGUCCCCAUACCCAUUCCAAUUCCCAUUCCGGUCCCUCCUAAAGCAUCCAUAGAAACUCCAAUUCACAGUGGAGUUAUCCAGCCUGUGCCAGAGGGGGUUGAUAGGAGCAGAACCAGCGCAAAUAGACCCAUAUCACCAGGUAUUUCUGAAGGAGACAACAGAUUGGUAGCCAACAAAUUGGGUGGAACCUUUUCUCAAAGCCUCCGUUCACCAAGUGAACCCAACCUGAGGGACAUGGAUUGGGUUAAAUCAGAGAGGCCAUUUCUGUCCCCAGCAUCCACACCUCAAAGUGGAGCAUCAUCUCCCAGAGCACAGUACAAUGAAUCACCCUGCCCUGCUGCAGGCUCAGAGGGACCGACAGACUAUAAACAGCAGCAGACAGAGCGACAAGUAAUCCAAAGGGUUCUCCCAAGGACCCCAGUAAAGCUGGAACCCAGUGCCAAUGGAAUGAUGGAGAUGUCAGGGCUAGGGGAAUCAGGACCUGGGCAGGUUAAAAGAUCAGGGCUUCAUGAAAUCAUCAGACCCAUCCAUUCCCUACCACAGUCACCUUCACAUGACACCAUCUAUCAGCAGCAGGACCCUCACAGUCCACCCUCUCACUCCCCACCCAGCCCCACUGGGAGCAGCCUUUUACAUGAUGCCAAGUCCUCUACCCUGACAUCUCAGGAACAUGGUCAAAAUGGGGUGUCCUCAUCAUCUACGCCUGCCAAUAUGGACUCUUCCUUACCACAGAGAUUACCAGCUCCACCCCAUGACCCUGCACUUAGUGAGCUGGAAGCUGUCAAAGAGAACAAAUGCUCUGUUGUCAGCCCAGUUGAGGGCCCCCUUAAUCAGCUAGAAGGGCCCUUAACCAUAGUUGGAGAUGUAGGAGAGGACUCCCAUGUUCCUGAUGAGGACCAUGCCUAUGCCCUGCCCACAGCGCCAAAGACAGGUGGGACCACCACCCCACUGCUCUUACCCAAACUUAGGGACAAAGGUAGCCUACGAAGUCCCCCUAAUAUGCCCAGUGCUGGAGAUAUGGAGCCAGCUCUGAAGAGGAGGUGCUUACGAAUUCGAGAUCAGAAUAAGUAGAGGGUGGAGACUCCCUGUUUAAGGCUGUUUGGCAGUGCCAGAAUCAGUGCCACACCCUCUUGUGGACAACACCAGUGCUAACACACUCCAGCCUGCUCCUCAGCCUGUCAGCCCACCAGUGAGUGUUGCUCUGCCUGUAGACCAGCAGGGUGCCAACCCAGGAAGCAGUCCAGAUGGCCGAAUCAUCGCAAGUCAGCAAGGGAGAAGAACAUGUAGUCACAGUCACACAGAUUUUUUUUUUUCUUGGACCAAAGAGCACCGCCAGCUUGGGUGUUACAGUGUUCAGUGAGCGCUAGAAGGGGAGAAUCUCAAAUCCUCUUCCUGUCUGACAUUGCCCUAAAGGUAAAUGUGUGCACAAGUUAGUGUGGCUGCCCAGAUGCGCUCCUCCUCCUCCUCUCCUUGCAGCACACAGCAGACAGAGCUCUGAUCAGCCUUGUGUGGUCUUCUCAGAUGGAGCCUGAACAUGAUCUCUUUCCAGGGGAAACGGUUUGUUUUCUCUGCCCGGCUUGCACAAAGAGCCACAUUGUUCCUCUCCCCAUAUCCCACGCUGACUCCCCACUCCAGGUUUUGGAUUACCUGGCCGAUGGGGCUCAAACUUCAGGAGUUUUUUUUUAUUUUUUUUUUUUUUAUAAGGAACAGCCAGAAUUAUAGUAUAGCCUUCUAAUCUAAAUACAGUUCAUACCAAACGCACUGGUUCUGAGGUUUUAUCCCACAUACCUGAUUGCCCAAGAUUCCCAUUUUGUUCACUUCCCUUAAGAGAGGAGAGAAAUAUGCAGAGAUGAAAACUUUAUCUCUGGGCAAUUUUCUCUCUGUUCAGAAAGUCAGGCUGAAGAAUCCCCCGAGGAGCGUUUCCACUUCCUCUUCUACAACAAUGUUAAAUUACACAGACUGUUUGAGGGUGCACCUACUGAUGCACAGUAGCUGAGAUGAUCUGUGAACACUUAUCGUCAUGAAGACGCUGGUACAUAAAUUUGUGAUUUAUAGAUCCACAGUCAUUUCACCUGAUCACCCAAGUCGGACAGCAAAUCGAAGUGACUUGUAGCACUGAGUGCCAUGCAUGUUUAAAUCCUGUGACAGUUAAACUGAUCCACAUUCAGAUUUUACUCUAAAUGCUAAUGGCUCUGAUGUAAUAUUAUCAAAUGUGGUAUUAUAUUCAGAAGCAUCAAAUGCUGUAGUAAGCAGCGAUCAGUAUUACAGUUCUUGCUGUUGGGGGAUACAUUAAUCCAGCCAGAGUACUUGUCCCAUUGUGAGAUUUCAGUUUUCUAGUUGAACUCUUCACAGAUAAUAUCUAUUUGUUGUUAUAUUAACUUAAGGAUGUUGCAUCUAUAGAUGUUUUUCAAAAAAUACUUUAUUUCUUCUGUGCAUUUUACUUGUAUUUUGUGAGUGCCGAAGCCCUUAAACACCCCUUGUCAAUGUGUUUAAAUGCUGUAUCCCCACUAGAGAGCAGUGUUUCCUUUUUGUUACUUUGCACCAGCCCUAUUCUGACAGCAAACACCAGGAGGCCCAAAGGCAGUUGACUAAAACCAAUCUCACUGGACACAUCAGUGCACUCACCAUCUGAAUCUGAAUGAUACCAAAUGCCAAAUGGGUAGCCUGUCCCCCACCCCACACACACAUCUUGCCUUUUUGUUUUUGUCUUAGAGUCUAAAUACUGCCUAUUUGAAGCAGCCCUUUAAAGUUUCUUCUUAAUAAAGACUUCAUGAUCUGCUUACCCCUGCCAUCAUUCCAAAACCAUUCAUGUAUGUGUCCCUACAGUGGCACACAUUUCACAGUCUCCCCACUCAUUCCAGCUCAUAUCCUUACCACAGGUCAUGCCAUUGUGACAGUGUCAUCCUCAGUCAGCAAGAGGACUUUGUCAACAGCUUGUAUGAGUCAGUGGUGACAUAAACUACAAAUAAAUAGCUGCUGUGUCAACAAGGUCUUCUCCACUCUGACAGCAGAUGCCAAAAAUAUAUUGUAAUAGCUGCCAUUACUGGUUUAAUUGCUUUUUUUAAAAAAAAAUCAUGGCCAUUUUUCAUCUGACAAAAGUUUUUGCAAAAAUCCCUUUUCUGUCAGAAAUGUGUUGCUGUUGUUGCUUGAAAUGCUAGACACUGUCUAACCUCCCCUGUCACACAUGUAGCCAACUAUCAUAAAUGAAACUGUCAGAUUGUAUUUGAAUAAAGAUUAAGUAACUAAGAGCUUUGGUGGAGAUCUGUUUGUAAAGUAAAAUAAAUAAAAGUUAUUCUAA